GGCGCGACUCAGUGUAGAGCGCUCGUCGCCACGUUGUUCGGCACGAUUCCGCUGGGGGCGGCGCGGCUUUCGUGGCUGGGGGCCAUGAUCGGCGUCGCGAACUACGCGACGUGGCAACUGGCGGAAUUAGCGAGAUGCGCGAGAGGGGCCAUGACUAAUCUCCGGCGCGCGCGGGCUCCCAGUCAGCGCGCUGCUAGCGGGGAACCUGAGGCAGUAGCCCUGCAAGGGCCAGCAGAGGGCGGGCGCGCGCGCCAAUUUGGAGGGCCCCCCUUGGCCACCCGCUACCGGCCAGCCAACGGCAGGGCGCGAAAGCAAUUCGGGGGCGGGGGCCCUGGCAGUCAGUGGGCAACCGGAAAAAGCGGCGUGGCGAUGCGCCGCAGGGUCCCGGGACAUGUCUGCAGCGCGGUGGGGCUGGCUCGUCUAGCGGUCUGCCCGACGGCAGCCAGGUCGGUCCCUGCCGAAGCGCCUUCAGAAUGUUCAGGGGGGUGGGCCCCAGCAGGGAGGGGGCGGGGCCGCGCGCCUGCAUGUGUGCCGGCCUUCCCAGACCCUGCCAAGCACCUCCCUCGGCCGGCGAGUAAGUUCUGGCGGUGGCAAGGGGCGUGCUUCGGCCGCGCGGCUUUUCCUGCCGGGGCCGCGUUUUGCGGGACCCCGCGCCCUUGCCUACUGUUGCGACCGCCUUCGGGCGAUACCUGCGGCGCCCCGCCCCUUCCGGCGUUGGCCUUUAGCACCAGCCCGGCCGGGCGGUCGGUGGCUCUCAUUCAUUUAGCGAGCCCCCUGCCCCCCGCGUUGGGCCCGUGCGA